AUCACGUCUUCCGUUUGACGUGAGUGAACCCAAGCCAAUCCUUUGGCUGCUCCAUAAUUGUAGAGUCUGAGCGAGGAGGUAGCCGAGUGGACACUUUUCAAUGGGAGCGCGUUUUUAUUUCUACAUGUCUACAUGUCUGUGCGUGACAUUGGGCCUCCUGUGCGUGGUCUUGGUCGUCUUCUGGAACUGGCGUUGGCGCGGAGGAUUCGCCUGGGAUGGAACUGAGGCCCAGUUCAACUGGCAUCCCGUCCUCAUGAUCAGCGGACUGUUGGUCCUCUACGGCCUCGCUGCCCUCCUGUUCCGUGUGCCUUGGGGGUGGUCUCAGAAGAAGCGCGGAUGGAAGCUGGUCCACGCGGGACUGAUGCUGGCCGCCCUGCUGCUCGCCGCCGUUGGCUUGCAUGUUGCCUUCGUCGUGCACCGCAGCCUGAAGAUCCCCUCAAUGUACUCCCUCCACAGCUGGGUGGGAAUGUCUGCCGUGGUGACGUUUGCGUGGCAGUGGUUCCUGGGCCUGGUCGGCUUCUUGCUGCCGUGUUCUGCGCCGCAAUUAGGCCACGCCCUGAAGGGGAUCCACGUGUGGACGGGAAAAGCAGUGCUGAUGCUCACCCUGGCCGCCUGCGUCAGCGGAAUCAACGAACAGCUCUCCUUUGCACUCGACGGUGUGUCGGCGGACGCUUAUAGCUCGCUGCCUGCGGAGGCGCUGUUUGCCAACACACUGGGCAUCCUGACCGUGGCGUUCAGUGUUCUCGUGCUCGGAAUUCUGUCAAAAGCCGACUGGCGACGUCCUGAGGCCAACACUGACGCCGAAACCGCUCCGAUUUUGCUGAGAGAGGAAGCCACUUAAGGACCACGACAACAGAGUGUGACAAAUCAUAUUAGCUAUUAAAAUAUUCAAAAUAUGAUUAUAAUAAUAAUCACGCACAUAUGAUUGAUUUGUUACACUUUAUGAUUCCUGCAUUAAUAAACAAUACU